AUGGUAAAGAAAGCCAAAACAGAAUUUAGUGAGUUCAAGAAGGAGUCCACGAAAACAGGUGGCGGACGACCUCCAAGUAACCCGCCGUCCACAUCAUUUCGAAUCAUUGAGAUGUACAAGGACACUGCUGGGUUUUCCGGAAUCCCAGGUGCGGCAGACCUCGAAUACUUCAGGGUAACUGGAGAAUUGAUCCUCGACUUCAUCCUGGAACAAACAGGCGAAGACACCGUCAAUGAGAACGCGGAUAUAAACCCGGAAGAAGUGUCAGGAUUGUUCGAAGGUGAUAUUGACAUUUUGCCGGGCGAGAAUCCCCUGCACCGCAACGCCAUCAAUGAUCGCAACAGACGCUGUGCUCACGGUGUUGUGCCGUACAAGAUUUCCUCAACAUAUCCCGCGACUGUUCAGAAAAUCUUCAAACAGGCAAUGGCGGAGAUUGAAGAGAAGACCAAGGUCAACGGCAAGACGUGCAUCCACUUCAAGCCACAUGCUGGCGAGCCCGACUACGUUAAGUUCGUCACCGGAAACGGCUGCCACACACCCGUUGGCUACAUCGGUCGUCAGUCGGACGUGACGAUCGACCCCGGGUGCGAGCGAAAAGGCACCGUCAUGCAUGAGCUUCUGCACGCACUUGGCUUCUGGCACGAGCAGAGCAGAACCGACCGAGACACCUACGUCACAAUCCACUUGGAAAACAUUCAGAAAGGUCACGAGGACAACUUCAACAAGUACCCGACGGGAUACAUCGAUUUGCUGGGACAACCAUAUGACUACGGCAUCAUCAUGCACUACAGCGCCUAUGCCUUCGCUCUUGACCCCAAUAAAAUGACCAUUGAGCCUAAGCGGCCUGGAGUGACCAUUGGUCAGCGAGAAGCUUUGAGUGCCACUGACAUUAAAGAGAUUCAACUCUUGUACGACUGCGUUGCCGCUGACCCUCAUGGAAACACCUCCAGCCCCAUCGUUACCGCCCCUCCAACCACAACACCAGCGCCGCCCACCGGACUUGACGUCUGCACAUUUGAUACUGGUCUUUGCAUAUGGACAAAUUCGCGCGCGGACACGAUGGACUGGACACAUUAGCAUGGCUCUACGCCGACUGCUGGAACCGGUCCAACGGCCGACAAUACCGGCUCAGAAACACAUUACUACCUUUAUCUGGAGGCAACCGGCAAGACCAAUAAGGUUGCCCGCCUCGAUUCGAAGCAGUAUUCGGGCGGUGACUACUGCGUCGACUUUUAUUAU